GUAAAAAGUCUUGUGUAUAUAUGUAAAUAAUAAUAUAAGAAUGAGAGGGAGGUGGUGGUGGAGGAGGCCCGCGCGCUAGCCCCCGUCACAACACAGCUGGGAGGCGGUGGUGCGCAACGAGUCUCCUCCCACCAUGGCUUCCAACGACAAGACGCCCGCAGCUCCCCGCUACGCCGCUGGGGCCGCCUACUUCGACAUGGGCGAGCACACGCUCAGGGUGCCCAUGACCCUGCACGCCGAGAACCGCCAGCGCCUCCUCAAGCGCUUGGUCAAACAUAACCCGGCCCCCAGGAGUGUGGUGCUCCUUCAAGGUGGCGAGGACACCACCCGCUACUCCGCCGACGCUGACAUCAUCUUCCGCCAGGAGACCUUCUUCCACUGGUCGUUUGGGGUGCUGGAGCCGGGAUGGUUCGGGGCCCUGGAGCUGGAGACCGGCAAGACUGUCCUCUUCUGUCCCCGUCUGCCCGCCGAGUAUGCUGUCUGGAUGGGCGCCAUCAUCACCCCUGAUGAGUUCCGUCGUCGCUACCAGGUGGAUGACGUCCACUAUGUUGAUGAGAUGCCGAAGGUGCUCCGCGGGAUGACUGAAGAUUCUGGCAGCCUUCUCACUCUGCGCGGCGUCAACACUGACAGCGGCAAGACCACUCUGGAAGCCACCUUCGAUGGCAUCAGUCAAUUUCGAGUUGACAACUCCAUUCUUCAUGAUGAAAUUGCUGAAUGUCGUGUGAUAAAGACCAAGGAAGAGCUUGAAGUGCUGAAGUUUGCAGCCACUGUGUCUGCUGCUGCUCAUAAAGCUGUAAUGCGCAAGAUUCGACCUGGCAUGAAGGAAUACCAGCUGGAGGCCAUAUUUGCACACCACACUUACUACCAUGGAGGAUGCCGGCACCAGGGUUAUACCAACAUCUGUGGCUCUGGAUGCAAUGCUUCUGUGCUACAUUAUGGACAUGCUGGUGCUCCCAACACUCGCACAAUUACAGAGAGAGACAUAUGCCUUUUUGAUAUGGGAGCUGAAUAUUAUGGUUACACAAGUGACAUCACCUGCUCCUUCCCAGCAAAUGGAAAAUUUACUGAAGAUCAAAAGAUAAUCUACAAUGCUGUCUUGAGUGCUUCACUUGCUGUAAUGGAAGCUGUACGCCCCGGAGUAUCUUGGGUUGAAAUGCAUCGUCUUGCAUACCGAGCCAUGCUUACUAAACUGAAGGAAGGUGGAGUUGUGCAAGGGGAUCUAGAUGAAAUGAUGAAGGCAAACCUUGGAGCAGUGUUUCAGCCUCAUGGGUUGGGCCACCUUCUUGGUUUAGAUGUACAUGAUGUUGGAGGCUAUCUUGAAAGCAAUCCUCCUCGACCUCAGGAACCAGGUUUCCGAUCUCUUCGUACCGCUCGGGUACUCCAGGAAAAUAUGGUUCUUACAAUUGAACCUGGAUGCUACUUCAUCAAUCAUGUUUUGGAUGAAGCCCUAGCCAAUCCAGUUCAGGCACGCUUCUUAGUUCCUGAGGCAAUAGCCCGCUUACGUGGCUUUGGAGGUGUCAGGAUUGAAGAUGAUAUUGUUGUCACUGCUGAUGGCAUGGAAGAUCUUGCACAGGGCACCAUUCCACGAACUGUGGAGGAAAUCGAGAAGCUUAUGGCUGAAGGUCGGCAAAAGGAAGUAUUUGUUCCCCAGCUUCAAGCUCAACAAAAGCUUGGUCAGUAAUUGGCAACUUCACACUUCGUAGAGUUCUUAGAUGCCAUAAUCAAACGCACAAACACAGAAAACUAGACCGUUUUCUAAGACGUUCCGGACCAACCGGGCUGUGGUGGAUAUGUGGAUCUGCGGGCUGCUCCAAGCAACAGCCUAGUGGACCAAACUCUCACAAGUCAAGCCUGGCCUCAGGCUGGGCUUAGGGAGUAGAAGAACUCCCAGAACCCCAUCAAGCAAGCUUGGAAGACUUCAUAUGGCACAAAUCUCGAGAAUAAAGUGGCAGUAUACAAGUCUGGAUAUAAGAUUCAAAUGGCAUAAAACUAGAGAAAGGUAUCCUGAAACAAACUUUGCAUCAAUGGCAACACUUUCAAAAUUGACUUGAACAAGUAAGAAUAAAGCAAUGCACUGGCUCCUUUUUGCCUAGGUGUUUUCUCACAUAUGGUUACAGCAUUAAUAGAUCUUGUGAUGAUACCUGCCUGUUAAUUCGUUAACUCCAAGAGUAACAUGAAAAGAAUGUAAAUAUUUUUUAAUACUUGCAAAGGAAAUAACCUCGGUUAUAUUGAAGUGUCUGGUAUUUUAAGUAUUUUGAAGAGGAAACAUUUAUCAGGUUUGCAGAGUACAACAACAACAACAACAGAGGUUACCUAAAUUAUGUAAGAUUUUAAACAAAAUGAAGCUGUAAUUUUAUUUUCAUAUGAUUUUCGUUUAGUAUUUGUCAAAAUAAUGUCACUGCAUUGUUUUGGCAAGAGACUUGGUCUUGUGUUUUUGUUUUGUGUGACAAUAAUAUAAUUGCUACAUAAUAUCAUGGUAUCUAAGAGCUCUCAGGAGUGACCAGAAUAUCACAGCCAGUGGCCUCUUAGCUGUCAUUGUGAGCAGACUUUUGCUCUAUAUUGUUGUUUUUUUUUUGCACUUAUUUGUGGUAUGACAUUGUUAUUAUGGCACCUACCAAGGAAGUAGGCAAAGAAAUUAAUGCUUAAAUCAUUGCUUUUUAAAGGAAGCAGACUGCCAAAAUAAAUGAAUAGUUGGGUCAACAUGAAGUUUUGUGUGCAUUUCCAAGAGGCAAACAGUGGUGACACUCCAUCACAGAAACAUCGGUCUGGUUGUCCCGAGACUACUUCAAGGUUUACUCUUGCGGGAAACUCUGCAGUGAAUGUUUUAAAAUGUUCACAGACCUUGAACAAGUCUUCCUGGGACUAUCAGACCGAUGUUUGUGAUGGCGUGUUGUCACUGCUUCUCAAAUCGCGCACAAUUUUAUUUUUUAAUGUUACAGGGUAGUUAUAGUCAGUGCUGUGAAUAAACCAUUUAUACUGAUUGUAUUACAAAGCACUUAAUUUCUUGGUAUAAAUAUCUUAAAUACAAAUAUAUAUUUUAACUGCAUUUACUGUUAUAAUGGGUCUUGAAUGAUUCUUCUGAAUUCUUUUGGAAUAAAUGGCAUUAAUGAAA